GGCCGAGUCAUCGACUAUCGAUAGCUACGUCGGUGUCAUCCCUAAUCAAAUAAAAAGAAUUCGUGAAAAAAAAGAAUUGGGGAAAAUGUGGUUUUCGGGCAAGUGAUAGGACAGGUGACAAGGAGCUGGCCGUGGACAAAUCAGAAUCGGAAGCGGACGGAUCGUAACGGAUAGAACCGGACGGCCGGGCAACUCCUUUUCCUUGGCUGACUAUGAAAUUGCUGGCAUCGACGUUCUCGUCGUCGUUGUCGUUGUCGUCGUGCAUUGUUGUUGUUGCUGCCGUCGCAUUUCGUAUUGGCAUCGGUUUAGUUUUAGCAGAUGUGGAGCGGAGGGUGAGGUAAAUGUAAAUCCGAACCCAAAUCCGAUAAACGGAGAAACCGAGCUGAGACAGGCAGAGAUAUAGGGCCGCUGCAGACAGUUCUAAUUAUACAACCAGCGCCGUACCGUGUUCCCCCGAAGAGCGAAACUGGUUAUACACACAUCAGCAGCGACGUCGCAAGGAAAGGAACGGGAGCAGCAGCGGCAGCGGCAGCAGCAGCAGCAGCAGAGGCGCAGCGGAGGGUGAGGGUCCGAUGGACAAAAUCAAGUUAAAGGUUAUUGGUGUGCUGCGCGAACGUGACGGCAGCACAAAUGUCAAUCGCAGCGGGGCAGGAGGAGCGGCUGCCGGAACUGGAACAGGAUCGGGAGCAGCUGCCGCGGCCAGCAGCCAUCAGGUGGCUGGUGGCGCUGGCGCUGCUGCUGGCGGGGGCGUGGCCAUGGCUAUUGGGGUCACGCAGGAAAGCGCCAACGGCAACGAUGGCAACGCCCCAGGAGCAGCAGAACGGCAGGGCGAUGUCCCGGCAACGGCUGGCACCGGCGUCAGCUCCCCAGCGGCCGGCUUGGGCGGAGCUGCGCGCACCUCGGUGCUACCGCGGCCACAGACCUCCAAGAUCAGCGCCUUGGACCUGGCCGGCAUACUCAAUACGAGGCGACGUCUCGAGUGGACCAAGGAGUGGCUGCGCAAAAACCAGGCCGAGUUCCUUAGCAAGGAGAACCUGCUCAGCGAGCUGCAGUCGCGGAAGGACGAGUGCUACCACUUGAAUUACUUCCUAGCCAUAACCGAGAGCCAGUUCCGCUACCUGGUGCAGAAGCUGGAGCCGAUCAUCAGCCAGUAUGCGCCGCAGCGCAAGAAGAAGUCGUUCAGCGCCGAGGAGCGGCUGGCCAUAACGCUCAAGUAUUUGGCUACGGGUGAAGUGCAUUCUUGUCGAAACUACUGCUUCCGUGCCUCGAAAUUUGUGAUAAACGAAAUGAUUGCCAAUAUCUGUCUGGGCUUCUACGAGCACCUCAACGACCAAUACGUGACACUACCAAAGACUGACGAUCAGUGGCGCAGCGCCGCCGAGGAGAUGGAGCGCAAGCACAACCUGCCCCAUUGCGUGGGCAACCUGUUCAUGCGCAGCAUCCAGCUCCAGGGCACUGGCUCCGGUGCGGCGAGUAGCGGUGCCGCCGCUGGCGACGAUCGCAAGCGAGCGACCGUCAUCUUCACGGGCAUCGUCGAUGCCGACAACAAUUUCCAGUACGCGACGGUGGAGCGGGCGGCCAGCAGUCGGCCCAACGACAUCUAUAACCAGACCACUGCCGUCGAGCUGAUCAGGCACAAGAUGCACACGCUGGAGGAGCAGUCGGAGGAAAUGGACCGGCAGGGAUAUUACUUUGCUGGCGACUCGGUGCUGCCAGCCACCUCCUACUUGGUGACCACACGCAACCUGCCCAAGGAUCGGGCCGUCCUGGAGGCCCUCGAGCAGGUCAACGCGCACGCCGAUCAGACGAUGCGCAUUCUGUGCAAUAUGUUUCCCAUCCUGGCACAGCCGCUGCGAAUCAGCGACAAGCACAUCCGCGAGGUGGUGCUCGGAUGCGUGGCGCUCUACAACUUCCUGCGCAAGACGGACGAUUCCUUCCGGCGCACCAGCGACAGCAUUGUCCAGCAGCGGGCGGAGCAGCAGCAGCUGGCGGCGGCGUACAGCGUUGACAGCGACGAAAUAGACGACGACUGCAUCAUGCUGGCCACCGAGGAGGAGCUGCGCGAACGGGCCGAGUUCACGCCCAGUGUGGGCCUGACCACCUGCUUUCAGCCGCUGUGCACGCAGCGCGGCGAGACGCCCGAGGGUCUGGCCAAGCGGGACUGGCUGCUCCAGCUGCCCAUCGCCCAGCAGAGCGGGAGCGGGAGUGCGAGUGGAAGUGGAAUAGGGUCUAGCGACGGCAGCGGUAACAUGAGCGGAAACGGCGGCAGUACGGACAGUGCGAGCGGCAGCUCGAAUGGGAGUUUAUAUUAGUGCAAUUUACCUAAGUACUUUACGAAUUUUGUAUAGUUCCUUGUUUUAUAUUUUCUAAAUCUAUAAUCUGUAAUCUGAAGCAGCAUCUGUUGCCACGUUGCCGACUCUUGUUUACCUCUCGUUUGGCGCACUCUUCUCUGCAUACCAUUACGAUUACGAUUACGUUCACGAUCGUUCCAGUUCCAGUUCCAUCUGCGUUCCGUGCUUCACCUAGGGUUCUGUAUAGUUAGCUUAGUUUCUUGCGGAAGUUCCGGUUCGGUGAAUGAUGAUGCUAUGUGAUGUCUCAAAUCUCUAUUUGUGGCCCAGUGCACCGCUCCUGGGGAGCUUAGCCGGGCCAGGCGGCAGCUGACAAAAUGUGCGAAGUCGACGAAGUGCAGCGGAAACAGAUCAACAAAAUUAAAAUUUUAGUAUUCGUAUUUAAGCAAGCAACAAAUUAUACAUAAUUAUAUUUACAAAUAAAUGUGUAAGGAAAGUUCUUUACGUGUCGAAAGCUUA